AUGAAUGAAGAAGGGACAUCUAAGAGUGGUACAGGGAAAUCUAAGAGUGGUACUAAUAUUGUGGGUCGGCUCAUUCUCUGCUGCAAUGCAAAAGGGGAAAGCGAUGAAAAGAAAAAGGAGAAGCACCUGUUUGACGCAUUCACUGAUCUCCGAAACGGCCUAGACAACAAUCAAUCCUUUCAACAAGUAGUUGACGGCGUGUUUAAAAAGCUGGAUAAAAUGAUUGCCUUGUUCAAUAUCGCUAAUGAGCAGACGGAAUUGGUUUUGUUUUUUCACGAAGCACACUACCUGCUUGAUGAGGGCACAAUGGACGCAAUGCUCUUUUGUAUCGUUUGCCUUUGGAUUUGCAAGAAGCGGGGGAAUUUGCAAAUCGUUGCUGUAUUCACCGGGACAACUGCCAAAUUAACCAACUUCAUCAUUGAUGACAACAUUACAAACAAGACGGACACCGAUACUUGUGAGUACACGUCACCUAAACUUGGAUUCUACACGAGGGGUGAGAAAACGUCCUAUACACCAUUUUACACUACCACUACAAUUGGGUGCCUCCAAUUUGUCAAAAUGGAUGAUUCAUCAUCAAAUAAGAGCGAAUACAGCAUCGCCGUUCCUUGCGGGCGGCCUCUUUUUGCUGCAAUGUCCGAACAAGAACUGAAGGCUGGCGAGUCAACCAUUGUUCAACAUAUUGUUCAAGAUGCUUCACCAAGCGCAUUCAAAAAUACAGCAGCAACCUGGCUCAGUGUGUUGGGCACACAAGUGCAGAUGGGACAAACAACAUUUGCUGCAGCUUCUGGUCUUGUGGGCCGUUCUUACGCCAACAUUGUUUUGGUUAGCCCUGCUACAGUUGACGGCAAUGACAAGCAAACUGCCAAAAUUUGCUUCCCACCAGAUCCUUUUUGUGCGCGGUUUGCAAUGUGA